GAGGACGCAGGAGAAGGAAGAAAGGCAAAAAAAUGAUGCGAAAAUGUGUGGGAAAAUAACAGUAACCACAUUUUGAUUUAAGAAAAAAAAAUAUAUAUAUAUAUUUAUAUGUAUCUGAAGACGCGUUUUAUUUUUUUCUGGUCAUUAAUUGUGCGUUUGGGUCGUCAGUGAGAAUCUUAUUUUGAAAACACCACCCGGAAGUCGUAUGUUUACGUUUAGCUGGCCCAUCUGACAGUAGGAGUACGCGUUUGUUUGCAGGAGUUGUUUUGCGCCUGGCUUCAAAAGGAAAGAAAAACACACGGACAAUGACCUCCGGCGGUGGAAUUCAGAUACCGAGCCGUCUCCCGCUGCUGCUGACCCAUGAAGGGGUUCUCCUGCCGGGCUCCACCGUCAGGUUUAGCGUUGACUCUCCGCGAAACAUGCACCUGGUCAGCCAACGGCUGUUAAGGGGGACUUCACUGAAAAGCACAAUCAUAGGAGUGAUUCCCAACACCAGAGACCCAGAGCACGACACCGACGACCUCCCCACCCUGCACAAAAUUGGUACAGCAGGGAUAGCAGUACAGGUGGUGGGCAGUAACUGGCCUAAGCCCCACUACACCCUCCUCAUCACCGGACUGUGCCGCUUUAGUGUGUCAAGUCUGCUGAAGGAGCGACCCUUCGUCCUGGCAGAGGUGGUGCAGUUGGAUAAAUUGGAGCAGUACAUGUCUCCAGCAACAGACGGUGUUGCCACAGAUGAUGGACAGCUGGGGGAGCUGUCCCAGAAGUUCUACCAGGCUGCUGUACAGUUGUUAGGUAUGUUGGACAUGUCUGUUCCAGUGGUAGCAAAGUUCAGGCGUCUGCUGGACAGCCUGCCCAGGGAAACGCUACCUGAUGUGGUCGCCUCCAUGAUCCGCACUUCAAACAAGGAGAAACUACAGGUCUUGGAUGCGGUGAGCUUGGAGGAGCGUUUUAAGAAGGCCCUGCCCAUGUUGACCAGACAGAUAGAGGGUCUAAAACUACUGCAGAAAACCAGGAAGACGGGUCCUGAUAAUGAGAAGAGGGUGUUAUCAGUACGCAAAGGUGGAGUGUUCCCAGGCCGGCAGUUCAAUCUGGAUGAGGAGGAUGAAGAUGAUGAUGGAGAUGACACAGCAGUCCUGGAGAGGAAGGUUCAUGGGGCAAACAUGCCUGAAGCUGCACUCAGAGUUUGCCUGAAAGAGCUCAAGAGACUGAAGAAGAUGCCUCAGUCCAUGCCUGAGUACGCUCUGACAAGAAACUACUUGGAUCUGAUGGUAGAGUUGCCAUGGAGUAAAAGCACCAAAGACUGCCUGGACAUCAGAGCUGCUCGCACUCUGUUGGACAAUGAUCACUAUGCUAUGGACAAGCUGAAGAGACGUGUGCUGGAGUACCUGGCUGUUAGACAGCUGAAGACUUCACUCAAGGGCCCCAUUCUAUGCUUUGUGGGCCCCCCAGGAGUCGGUAAGACCAGUGUGGGACGCUCUAUUGCAAGGACUCUGGGAAGAGAGUUUCACCGCAUCGCUUUAGGAGGCGUCUGUGACCAGUCUGACAUUCGAGGACACAGACGCACAUAUGUAGGGAGCAUGCCCGGCCGCAUCAUCAAUGGUCUGAAGACAGUGGGUGUCAAUAAUCCUGUCUUCCUCCUGGACGAGGUGGACAAACUGGGAAAGAGCCUGCAAGGAGACCCUGCAGCCGCUCUGCUAGAGGUCCUGGACCCAGAGCAGAACCACAGCUUCACAGACCAUUACCUCAACGUGGCCUUUGACCUCUCCCAAGUGCUCUUUAUUGCCACUGCAAACACCACAGCAACCAUUCCCCCGGCGCUGCUGGACAGGAUGGAGGUGCUGCAGGUACCAGGCUACACUCAGGAGGAGAAGGUGGAGAUAGCUCACCGUCACUUGAUCCCAAACCAGCUGGAGCAACAUGGAUUAACACCUCAACAGCUGCAUAUACCACAGGAAACCACACAGAUCAUAAUCAGCAGGUACACCCGAGAGGCAGGUGUGCGCUCCCUAGAGAGGAAGAUCGGGGCGAUCUGCCGUGCUGUGGCUGUGAAGGUCACUGAAGGUCACAGAGUCACCAAGACAGAGGCUUUGAUCCCAGAGGGACCAGCAGAGCCCAGAGACAAGGCGGCACCCCCAGAGAUGCCCAUACUGAUCGACCACAUGGCCCUGAAAGACAUCCUGGGACUUCCACUGUUUGAGAUGGAGGUGUCUGAGCGGUUUACCCUUCCCGGUGUAGCUCUGGGGCUGGCGUGGACCCCGCUCGGUGGGGAGAUCAUGUUUGUGGAGGCCAGUCGAAUGGAGGGAGAAGGUCAGCUCACACUGACCGGUCAGCUGGGGGAUGUUAUGAAAGAAUCUGCCCAUCUGGCCAUCAGCUGGCUCAGAGCAAACGCUAAAACCUACCAGCUCACCAACAUGGUCGGGGGUCCAGAUCCUCUAGAAGGGACAGACAUCCACCUCCACUUCCCUGCCGGAGCUGUCACCAAGGAUGGCCCCUCUGCCGGCGUUACCAUAGUAACCUGCUUAGCCUCACUGUUCAGCGGCCGACUGGUCAGAUCAGACAUUGCCAUGACAGGAGAGAUCACAUUAAGAGGGCUGGUGCUGCCGGUGGGCGGGAUCAAGGACAAAGUCCUGGCGGCCUACAGGGCAGGAGUGAAGUGCGUCAUUCUCCCGAAACGCAACGAGAAGGACCUGGAGGAGCUUCCGGCCAACAUCCGAGCCGACCUUGACUUCGUCACCGCCGCAAACCUCGACGAGGUGCUGAACGCCGCCUUCGAGGGAGGGUUUCCAGGGACAGCCAGCACACGCACACACCCUCAGCUGACCAGCAAACUGUAACACACUGAUGUAAAACACACACACACACAGUGACAGUGUGAAGUUAGAAAGUGUUCGUGAAUAGUCCUAACAGGAGAGAGUGGGCUGUGUUUCAGCUCAGACAAGUUAGAGCCCAAUGAGUUUUUGUCCCUGAUGUGCAGUGACAGGAGAAGACAGUAUGCACAAUUCUGUAUGCGUAAUUCUGAGUCAUGUGAUUCAAUCUUUAACCCUGUUUUAAGGUUCUUUGCAGUUGAGAUUUUCGUUUUCAGAUUACUUUGGUAUUGAAGAGAUAAUUUGAGAUAAAUGAAGCUGUGAUUCACAGUCAGACGUCAGUGCACAGGGGCAGCACACAGUGACAUGAAGUUACAACAGCUUCUUAGUUGAGACACGCUCAGAGACCAGGAGCCUGUUUGGAUGACUGUGUUCAGUCACAUGCUCUAAUCCAGUGUGGUCGAAUUUCAGAUUUUGGAAUUUCUUACCUGAGCAAAUUUUCUGACAAAUAACCACAAAGAGGUGAGUUAGUUUGAUAUUGUUCAUCUCAGAGGUGUAUGUGGGCGUGUUGUCCCGUCACAGAGGCACUCACUGCACGAGGCUGUAAUUCUGCUGAGGUGCUGACUAAAGAUUGGAUUGCAAUUCCUGUUAAGGAAGCAAACCUAAUCACUUUCCAAUGCAAGGCAGUGAUUUCAUACUAAACCAAGAUGCACUUAUGUCCUAUUAAAUGACUGUAAAAAAAAAAUGAGAGUUGAAUUAAAGAUGAUUGAAAUCU